GUUCACUCGUUGUCGUCAGCUAUACCCUGGUAAUUCUAGUCUUCCGCGUCCAGCCUGACCUACGUAUCCUCUCGAAAGCUCGACCAUGUCCUCGCCCCUGACGGAAGGGUCAGCCGCCCUCUCGCCGGUCCUCUCGCCGACCACAACGGGCGAUGAAGAUCUCGCAGCACAGAUCGAUCAAGCCUUGUCCUCCCGUCGUCACAUCCAUCAUCACAGCCGACACAGAUCUUCCAUAUCUCUCAGCCUCUUCCGCUCAUCUCAUUUACGCAAGACUCGGUCGAGAGCGUCUUCCAAGCAGGGAGAUCUGGCUAGGAACUCGGGCAACGGGGUAGACGAAGGGGGUUCGGAGGAGGACGAGGUGAUGGAAGCGGAUUCUGAGGACAAGAGGCGUAGACGUUUAGGAAGGUCAAGGAGAGCCGAAGUGGAAGUUCCACCACCUAUCAAGCUGCUCGUUAGAAAAGCAGACCCAGCCAAACCCCUCGAUACGGACGUCCCCGGACUUCCGCUACCUCGUGCGCAGCACAUUCAUUUCCCAUCCAACGAUGAUCGUCCCGAAGGGUCCACCUCGCAGCCGACACCUUCCGCCUUGUCACCUGAAGGAACACCGGAGCAAGCCCACAGCGUGGAUAAGAAGCAGCCCAUACCGAUCUCAAAGGCUAGGAAUGCGGGUUCUGGCCAGAUGGUCGACCUGCUCGCACCGAGACCCGAGGAGAGGCAUCAGGCCAAGGCGGAGGUACGCAAGCUCAAGAAGGGUCAUACCAGGGAAUACGUCUGGGAUGUCCUCUUCGAGAACCAGAGAGGCAUCAUGUUCAUGGGCACCCCACACUUUUCCAAGUCCACCCUCUUCCCCUUCGACCCCAAAGCCUAUACGGUCCCUAUCCACGCUCUCAAACCCGUCCGAGCCUUCCCCACAACCGACCGAAGCGCAUCGGCCGACCCUCCACCGCAUAACACCUUGAAAUCUCGACCUUUUGCUCUACAUCGCCGCAAGCGUGAUCAAGGAGAACAUCAUCAUCAUCAUCAACGGUACGACAAGGCCCAUGCGUAUUCCCAGCUGAAACAUACGCUCCGGCGGCACGAACACGACAAGAAAUCGAUGACGACCAUGUACGACUUGCACACCUUCCAACCCCCUAGCUCUCAUUGGAUAUGGUUGACCCCCUGGUUAGUCAACAUGCGGCAAGACGGCGUGACCGACGAGCGCGGGUGGGAGUACAACUACAUCUUCCGGAAACAUGGAUGGGGCCCAGACGUCGGGCGGAGCGGAUGGGGAGGUUGGGUACGGAGACGGAUGUGGGUGAGGUUACGGUCGCUCAGGAUGAACGAGGAGGGGGAGGAGGAGGAGGAUUGGGUGGAGGAUGAUGAUGCUAGUCUGGAUUUUGUUACGGAUCCUUUCGACGACUUGGACCUAGAACGGGGAGACGGAGACGGGGAGGUCGUUUGAGCCACGUCCCGGGGGCGGUCUUGUACUGAUCGUCUAGAGGAACCGCCUAUAAUCGGUUAUACAUACAUAAUUCGUUGAGAUUCGAGAGCCGCGUACAAAAACCACCAAAGUGCACGAGUCGAUCUCGGACCACAACCUCUUACGCCUUGAAGUACAACCGAACGGUCCAACAGAGACAUAGAAGAAAAAAGAGUUGUGCGGUUGGCAAGGUUGUCGGGUCUGUGGGUUGCGGACCUCAACGAACCCUAACAGCCGACAUGGACCCCAUCAAACAAGGAUGGAAUAUCGAACGGCCCAUCUUCGAUC